GCAAGUCACUCCAAGGUGCAACUGCAAACACCAGCCCAACGAUCCACACCUGAAGCGGGUUCAGCGUCAUAUAUCAAUUCACUGCACAUGUCCAAGUUACAAGAGGUCACUCCACUCCUCACAGCGGCGGUGGCGCCGCGCUAUUUCUAUCCCCAUGUCCCCGGGUGGCAAGUCUGGAACACGGCAUCGCCAGCGUUUCGGUACUGGUUUCUCGUCUUGUUGGCGUUGAUUCCGUUUGCCGCCCACUUUGUCACGAACCAAAUGGGGGCGCUGCAGCAGUUCAUGCUCGACGACAAGGCCUUUCCGAUAACCAACACCAUGUACGGCGCGCUCAACUCUGCCGUGAGUGUGCCCAACAUGAUCAUCCCAUUCUUCGGCGGCCACAUGAUUGACUCCCGCGGCCACUACACGAUCAUGUUCUUCCUCGUACUCAUGUUCAUCGGCCACUCCGUCGUGACGUUUGGCAUGCACCAGCAAACAUUCUGGGUUGCGCUGCUCGGUCGUGUGGUGUACGGCCUCGGUGGCGGCAGCGUCAUCGUCGGGGCGCGCGCCAUGGUGGCAUACUGGUUUGACGCGUCCGAGAUCACGUUUGCCGUGGGGGUCAUGGUCGCGUUCACAAGCGUGUCCAAGAUCUUGGCCAAGUCCACCGUGGCCCCCGUUGCCAUUUACUUUGGCAGCUACACGUAUGGCCUCUUGUACGGGUUGGCGGUGUGCGUUCUGUCAUGUGUGGUCGCGGUUGUGGCAGUGCGGUACGUCCUGCGCCUCAAACAAGUCAAGCGAACGUUCAAGCACGCCGACAACCAACCGCCGUUGGACCCUGCCUUGUCAUGGCUUAAUGCGUACUUGGUGGCUCCUGGUAAGCGCUUCCGAGCGACUGCAAUCGCCACAUCAUCAUCUACAUCCUCGCAACACAUGCCAUCGCUCGCUUCGCUUCGGGAUUUCCCAGUCAUGUUUUGGGUGUUGGUCGUCAUGCACGUGGUGUACGUGAACGUGUUUCACUUGUUUCUAAACAUCUCGAGCAGCUACUUGUACCAAGUGCACGGGUUUUCUGUCGUCGAAUCGGGGAUCGUGAGCAGUUUGUCACAUGUGUUGGUGCUCUUCGCGCCCGUGGCCGGCCUCGUGAUAGACCGCACGGGGGGCCGCGUUAUUGUCAUCGUGGCGUCAGCGGCGUUGGGAGUCGUCACGUACGCCCUGCUCCUCUUCACGUCGACGUCGCCCGUGGUGGCCCUCCUGCUCGUGUCCGUGUGUCUGUGCGCGACCCCCACGGUGCUGAUGGCUUGUGUGCCCCUCACCAUCCCCAAGUCCCGCUUUGGCCUGGCGUUCGGGAUUGCCGAAGUCGUGGACGCGCUGGGGUCGUUUUCCGGGAACUUGCUCGUGGGCUACAUCCGCGACGCCACGGGCAGCUACACCCCCGUGAUGUACCUCUUCUUCACCCUCGCGUGGGUCCUACUUGGCCUCUGCAUCCUCUUGGCCGUGCUAGAUAGUGGACACGGCAAUGUCCUGUCUGGCAAGAAGGACGAUGCCACCCGUGAUCACAUCGUGACCGUCGCCGACGACGACGACGUAGUAGUCGACAUAAGUCGCAACUUGUACGAAACCAGCAGCAGCGACGAUGACGACGUCAACCGUGCCUCCAAGAAGGCUGUGACCGAGGCCAGUAGUACUAAUGUGCCCUUAGCUCGUCCAUAGGAUCGUAAUAAAGUGUGAAUGGGAUGAGUGUUGUGUGA